CGCGCUGUCUCUUUAGCUCCACUCCAGAGCGCUGUGUCAAAGAGACGCACCGUGUCAGAGAGCGCGAAUGUGGUUUGUGCUCUGCCGCUCUCCUUAAUAACUUUACCUCAGGUUCAUCUCAGCAUACCACGGGCGUGAACGCAACCAUGACAAGAACCCAGUCGAUGUUUGCUGUAGCCUUGUGUGUCCUGAUGAUCUGCGAGAUCGUCUUGGCGCACAAAGAUCACUAUGAAAUCCUUGGUGUUCCCAAAGAUGCUUCUGAGCGCCAGAUCAAAAAGGCCUUUCACAAACUGGCCAUGAAAUAUCACCCGGACAAGAACAAAAGCCCAGACGCGGAGGCGAAGUUCAGGGAGAUUGCAGAGGCAUACGAAACGCUAUCUGACUCUAAAAGGAGGCGGGAGUAUGACCAGAUAAGGAGCAGCUCAUUCUCCAGAGAGGGAACACGAGGAACCAGGGGUGAUCAGUUCCACCAGCCGUUCAGCUUCGACUUCGAGGACAUGUUCAGAGACUCCGAUAUGUUCGGCCAGCCGACACACUCCCGGCGUGAACGCCAUUUCGCGAGCCACUUUCAAGCCCACAAAGAGGCGCACCGAAGCGGCUCCUGGAAUUCUUUCGGAGGCGACAUGUUCGAUAUGUUUUCAGACUUUUUCUCCUUUGACGGACACCCGAAUGGAGGCGGGUUUCAGGACUCCGCCGGCCAGCGGCGUUGCCACACGGUUACUCAGCGGCGUGGAAACAUGGUGACCACGCACACAAAGUGCUCCUGAUUUCAGCUGCAAGGUUUUUUUUUUUGUUUGUUUUUUUGCUUAGUGCCCUGACCGAAUCUGUUCUCGGCGACACCGGUUGGAGCAUCCAAAUUUACAAUUAAUAACAAAGGGAUUCAUAAAUAAAUAAAUAUAUAAACUAGAGAGACGAAGACGUUUUGCACGCCUGACUUCACACAUAUUUGUAAGCAAACAUAAAUAACUUUAAAAAGACACUCUAUAUGGACAAAAGUUUGUGGACACCUUAUCAUAAGAUUGGCAUGUGCUUCCUGUCUCCGUUCGCCGUUCAAAUAAUUUUUUUACUCUUCUGGGACAACAUUUUUGUGCUCCUUCAUCCACUGUGGUUUGUUAGUAAAGUCAGGUACUGAUGAAGGCGAGGAGGUCUUGGAUGCAAUCAGUGUUCAUCAUGUUCAAUAGGGUUGCAGCUCUAUAGCAAGAGAUCUUGCACAUCUUCCAGCUCAUGGAAAGCAGAUCUUUAUGCUAGAACAGGGUUUUGGGUCUCCUACUUCCAAUGAAGGGAAAAUGUCACGCUACGGCAUCCAAAGACGUCCUGUACAAUUGUGCGCCUCCAAAUUUGCGCAUACGGUAUGGGGAAGAAGAAGCACAUACGGCUGAAGAGAAAUCAGGUGUCCCAAUACUUCUGUCCAUAUAGUGUAUUUCAUGUCCAGUCAUUAAGGCUGUAAAGCGUAUACAGGAUAUUGUAUAAACAACACGAUUUUCUCUGUGAUAUACAUCAGUGAUAUCUGUUCAUCAUGGCACCUGUUAGUGGGUGGGAUUUAUAGGCAGAAAGUCAACAUCCUCAAAUUUGGUUCGAAAAAUAGGCGAGCGUGUGUGACGUCUAGACGACUGACAGCUCUCUUAGUUGUCAGUUUCAUGUCUUCCUUGGACUUUUCACACAGCCGGACUGAUGAAUCGCACUUACUUUAAUACGUACGGACCACCCGAUUUGAUCUGUAACACUCUUUUGAAGGUCUCUUGGAUAACAUGCAAUAAUCACACCAGGCCCGCUUUGCCCUCGGGGUUAACCGCCAUUUUCAUCGGAUUAUUUAUUAUUUAUUUUCAUAAGUACCACAUUUGCAUGUGCUUGAAACCCGAGUAAGACUUUCAUUCGACUUCACCAGAGAAACUGAUACUAUAUCAGUAUCAUUGUCAUUUUUUUUUUUUUUUUUUUUUUUAAAAAAGAAAAACAAGCAGGUCGUCUGUUGUGCAAUUUUUUUUCCACGUAAAGGAAACUAAUAGAAUUGAGACUAUGUAACGCAGGAUUCUAUUACUUUUUUUUUGUUUGUUUUGUUUUUUUGUUUUAACUGUUACCUCAUGUUGUGAUAUUCAUGUACAGGAUAAUGUGCAAUAAUAUAUUAAUGCUUUGCUUUUAUGAGUUUAUUUUUAGACUUUAAUGAUUGUACACAAAAUGCUGCUGUGCUUUAUUUUUGGUGUAAAUAAAGUAUGCUGUAUAAAAA